GUGGCAUUCUACAGAGAAGCCUUUGGAAUGGAGCCCCAGGCGGCGGUGGUGGUGGAUUAGGACGAGGAGGUGGUGAUAGGUCAGAGGGAGCAGCAGAGAGGAUGCACGAGACAUACCUGCAGCAACAGAUAAUUCUGGCUCUACAGAGGCUCAGAGAGGACAUGAGGAGCGUGGUGGACAGACUGGAGGUGGUGGAGAGAUUUGCUACCACUCAUGGCUCAGGCUGGAGACCAUGCCUGCAUUGUGCUGCAGCUUCACAGCAGGAUGAGACAUGUUGGCCAUUUGAUGUGUCGUGUCAGACAGUUCUUCUGUUCAUGCUGUGGCCGUUUGUAACACAAGGUCUGGUCUACCUGCUGAGGAAGGCUUACCAGAGAACUCGCACAUCUUCAUGAGGAGCGCAAGACAGCACCACCUGAUGGACAUGGGGAGAAAUGCUCGUUGCUCGCCAUAUUCAGUGAAGGAGUGUCUGAUUUAAGUCCCUUCACUAUCUCUAAAUACGAAGUUUGAUCUAAACUACAAACAGACAUUCUGUUUAAGGUCUGGAGUAACAUAAUUAGCCUUUAUUAAAGUGAAAUAAAGGGAGUUUAAAAAAUGGC